AUGUACUUUCUCACACUGCUUCUCGCAAUCGACUAUUGGAUCAUUCAACUGCCGCUCGAGGUGCCUGUGAUUGAUAUUCUUGCUAUUCAGACCUAUGUUGCUGGCACGGCAGGAUGCCUGAUCUUUUCCGCCGCAUUCCAUGCCACCAAUGCACAUUCACCUGAAGUCGCUCACGCCUUCUUGAAGCUUGACUAUCUGGGGAUUGUGAUGACCAUUACAACCACAUGUAUCUCCGUGACCUAUUUUGCCUUAUACAGCUAUCCCGUCUUGCAAGUUACAUAUAUCUUCUUCACCGUGCUCUGUGCCGCCAUAAUAUUUUGGGUUGCGCUAGAUCCCCAGAUGGAUGGUGCACGUGCUGGUCCAUGCAGAGCAGCUGUGUUUUCCCUCCUGGCCACGAGUGGCUUAGCUCCCAUUUUUCAUGUUAUUUGGGCCGAGGCUUCUUCCGGCCUAAUUAACAUUCCUCUGGACAGUCUUACGGUGACCUGCUCGUCAUAUGCCGUCGGCACGGCGGUGUACGUCACCCGGUUUCCAGAAAGGUUUUGGCCAGCGCGAUUCGAUCUGAUUGGAGCGAGCCAUCAAAUUUUCCAUAUCCUGGUUGCAUUUGGCCAGAUUGUGCACUUGUUCGGGCUGCGGGAGGUGCUUCUUCGGAUCCACAUGGGCAUGUGCGCAGUAUAG